CUCCACACACACACACACAAGCUCACACGCGCUCACAUACACAGAGAAAAUCCUCUUGCCUGUUGAUUUAUGGAAACAAUUAUGAUUCUGCUGGAGAAUUUCUCAGCUGAGAAAUAGUUUGUAGCUACAGUAGAGAGGCUCAAGUUGCACAGGGCAGACAACAGACAUGGAAUUCUUGUGUAUCCAGCUGUUAUCAACAGAACAAAAGUCAAGUAGCAAACAGCAACGCAGCAACUGAGCUUAUUACAACCUGUUUUUAUAAGGAUAUACUGACAGAGAGUUAUUUAAGGAGGAAUUCUAUAUUGUUAUCAGGAACUAAAAGGAUAAGGCUAACAACUUGGAGCGUGCAACUACUCUUUCUUAAAUCAAUCUACAGUUCACAGAUAGGACGAGGUCAAUGACCUAGGAACAACAAUCAACUCAAGAUUUAAUUUUCAUUAUGUUAUUCAUGAACACCCGGGGCACUAUACUAUAAUGCGCAAAUGGAUACUGACAUGGAUCCUGCCAAGUUUGCUCUACAGAUCAUGCUUCCACAUUAUCUGUCUAGUGGGCACUAUAUCUUUAGCUUGCAAUGACAUGACUCCAGAGCAAAUGGCUACAAAUGUGAACUGUUCCAGCCCCGAGCGACAUACAAGAAGUUAUGAUUACAUGGAAGGAGGGGAUAUAAGAGUGAGAAGACUCUUCUGUCGAACACAGUGGUAUCUGAGGAUUGAUAAACGAGGCAAAGUCAAAGGGACCCAAGAGAUGAAGAAUAAUUACAACAUCAUGGAAAUCAGGACAGUGGCCGUUGGAAUUGUAGCAAUCAAAGGAGUGGAAAGUGAAUAUUAUCUUGCAAUGAACAAGGAAGGAAAACUCUAUGCAAAGAAAGAAUGCAAUGAAGAUUGUAACUUCAAAGAAUUAAUUCUGGAAAACCACUACAACACAUAUGCAUCAGCUAAAUGGACACACAGUGGAGGAGAAAUGUUUGUUGCCUUAAAUCAAAAGGGGGUUCCUGUAAGAGGGAAAAAAACGAAGAAAGAACAAAAAACAGCCCACUUUCUUCCUAUGGCAAUAACCUAAUCAUAUAUGGCAUAUAAGAAACCAGUUCCAGCAGGGAGAUUUCUUUAAGUGGACUGUUUUCUUCCUUUUUUUCUUUUCUUUUUUUUUUUUUUUAAGUAACCAAGAAAGGCUGGAAAACUACUGAAAAACUGAUCAAGCUGGACUUGCGCAUUUAUGUUUAUUUUAAGAGACUGCAUUAAAGAAAGAUUUGAAAAAAUAUACACAAAAAUCAGAUUUAGUAACUAAAA